UGCUAUCUCUCUCAAAUAUAUGUAUUUUCUUUUAUUAGUUACCCAAUAAUAAUGAUAAAGCCCUGCUCCGUUUUAAGUAUUGUAACUCCCGAUCACCGCUACCCUUUUCGAUUGAUCUGAGCCCAUAACACAUGUCAAGGCUCUGCCUGACUAAGCUCGUUGGGGUUCUGUCUCGUGACAUAGGGACAAGGUUGAAUUAAGGGUACUAUACUUACCACGAGUGCAUUAUAUAUUUUUAAUAGCUUAGAAGUUAUACCCAACAUUUAUACCAGGAGGCCUUCUAGUUGAACCCUAAAAUUACAAAGUGAUUACAAUAGAUUGGAAUAAGAGUUGGAUAUGGCACCAAAAAGGCUUACAGAAGUGGCUUGAUUUAUCAACUAAAUAAAAAUUAAGAAAAGUUGUUUUAUGUAAUCAAGGUUAUAUUAAAAGCUACCUUUGUAAAACAUGGAAUUUAUUCCAUCUAUUUAAAUAAAAUCCGGUGUUUCUAAACUCUGAUAUUUUUCCUAACUCACGGUCCUGAUGAAAUUUCCGCUGCAAUGUUUUUCAAAAAUAAACCACCGGUACCACUGGGCUGCUCACGGCUCACGAUUCCGUCUAGGUGGGGUUGGGGGUCGUGACACCUUAUCUGCAUCAAAGUACAAAACUUUGCUAAAAGCAGAUGCUCCUAUCUACCUACAAACGCAGAGAGAGUUCUGGAAUAAGGCUACCCUUGAGAAACAAGGAGACAUUAUCACAGCCAUCAACUCCUCGAUACAGGGUAAAAAAUUCAAAUAUCUCCACAAUCAAUUUCAGAAGUCUUUAAACUCGAUGAUCUGAAAGGUAAAACCUCUUUUUCUAAAACCGAGUUGAAAAAGAAUUUCAUGAAUAGGGGAUAUGGAGAGCAACCAAAAAAGGAUACCUUACAAAAGGGUUUCUUCCCUUCUGCACCAAGGUUUUUAUUUCACACUCUUUUGAUGUGUGUUUCUAAUAAAACAACUGCUUUUAACGAAAUACCAUCAAAGAUUCAAUGCCUGAGAUAUGCUAUUUAAAAUAAUGAAAAUUAUAAUUAUUCCCAGGAGAUUUUUGAUGAUUUGGUGAAAAAUGUUGAUAGCAAAGCAUUUCUGCUUUUUCCAAGGUUUCUAAGCUACUAUUUUGAACAAAAAUUUAAAAAGGAAGAUGCAGAAUUGCUCAAACAAGGUGCUCACUUUAAAAUAAAUGGUUUAACGCCUGAAACAUUCUCUAGAAUGUUGGCACCUAUAAAAACAAAAGCAGAGGUGCCUGAGCAGAAUUUAGCAGAUGAAACUACUCCUCAGGUAUCGGCUGCUGAGCCCACUGCUCCAGGUGAUCAAAGCAGCACACCCACUGUUUUGAAACCCACACCUGCCACCACCAAAAAGACCAAAAAGAAGACAUCCAGAAAGCCCCCCAAACCCAAAACAAAGGCACCUCUAGAAGAUGAGAUCCCAGAGCCACUGCCGGUGACAACACAAAUGUCACAAAUAACCACUGCUGCUACUUCCUCACAGCAGAUGGAAGAAAGAUCUCCACCCUUGCCUCAAACUCCUCCUGCAUCCUCACAAAAGGAUCAGGUUAUAAACACAGGGACCCCACAAUAUGAAGCUCUGGACCCACUCGGAUCCAUCUUCCACAGUCCUGAUCCCAAUGACAUGUCUCUUUCAACUCCUUUAUCCUCACCCCUCAUAUUACCACAAUCCAUGUUACCCUUGUUGCAUGCAGUGAAUGUAGCUCAGACACAAACCAGUUCCUCUCAAUCACCUAUCACUGAGAGUAUACUCCCACAAGUGACUGGGUCUGAUGUCUAUGCCUCUGCUAUCCCAGUAACAACUGAGGAGGUUACACUACAGGAGUUACAAGUAACUCCUGUCAGUAGUUCAAGUGGAGCAGCCACUACAAAUGUUGAACCCACUGGUUUACAUUUGGACAGUGGUUUCAUUCAUAAGACUCCCUUGAAGGCAAUUUAUUCAAUAGCACCUAUGAGAACCACCAGUGAGGUUGUUUUGCCCACUGGUACCCUCAAAAGGCUAUCAAGUGCUGAAGAAAGAAGUCCCCAGUACCAAGAACAAGGGGCAUCAAUGAAUGACUUUUGGGAUUCAUUUCCUAAGUCACACAUUGAUACAACCACUGCUGGUGGGGAUUCAGAUGAUCCUAUUAACUUGGGUGAUGAUUCAAAAUAUCAGGAAUUGACGGGCAGAGUUGAAAAUCUAGAGGCCUCAGUUGCUGAAAUAAAGGAUAUGGUGCAACAGCUGUUAGAAGCUCAAAAAGCACAAUCCUCUGCUGCUCCAGCUCAAGCACCUACACAACAUGCACCUGCUGCAAAUGAGCUAUGGAAUAUGUUCCAACCACUGCUGGAAAGACAAAACAGAUGGCUGAUCAGCAGCAUGCUAUACAUGUACAAAAGCUGACAAACAUGGUGGAAUCAAGGUUUAAAGAUACUCAGGCAGACAUCAAAACUAUCAAGGCUCAUAUCCAAAGUACCUCUGGAAAAAUUCCUCCCACUGUCCUUUUCAUGAAUGAACCCUUCCCAGAUAAUGCCAAAAAGGGGGAGAAGAUCAAGUGGAAGAAGAAGGGAAUUGAAGAUGGUAUCUACAUUGAGCCAGAAAAGAAUAGCCAAACCAAAGCUGCAGUAUCAACACACACCACAUUACCACACACCACCACAACCACUGCUACACCAUCAUCAUCAUCUUUGAUCACAUCACCAAAACCAAAUUCACCACCAAAAACAGCCACCCCAUCAUCACCUCCUGCCAAAAAGCAGAAGACAACAGAUGUUACAACAUCUGCUGUAAUGACAACAGUGGUUGAAACACCAGUUGUUUCAACAACUGUUAGUCAGACACUUUCCACACCUCAAACCACUACCAUUUCAACCCCUGCUCAAAAGCAGAAGACACCUGCUGAUACAUCAGUAGUUGUAAUGACAACAGAGGUUGAAACACCUGUUGUUUCAACAGCUGUUAGUCAACCAUCCACCACUGCUCUCACCAUUCCCACAUCACAACCAGCAAAGCUUUACACCAGAAAAAGAAAACUUACUUAGGCAAAUGAGGACAAAUAUGAUCCCAUUGCUGCUAAAUAUCCACUGGAACUAGAAGCCAUAAAAAAUGAGAUGAGACAGUUCUACACUGAUGAUGAUCCUUCAAACAGAAGAUUCCCUUCACUCAUAGGCUUCAUAGUCCCAGAAGACAUGGAUGAAUAUCUUGAGCUCAAAGCAAGGCAGGCUAAGAUAAGAGCCAAGAUUGAAUGUGAAGGUCAAAGUGAUGAAGCCAUCUCUGAAAAACUGGAAUUCUUGCUCACAAAAGUUAAGCAGAUGGAAGAUUUUGCACAAGAACUAAGCAAAGAAAAGGCUGAUCAAUGAAAUAAAUUAAGAAAAGGAUAUCUUGCUUCUAUCAUGAAAGAAAAAUUCUAUCCUGCGGAAGAUAAACAGUUUGAAGAAUAGCCAGUAGUUGCUUUAAAGCAUGAGGCAAACAGGAUUGAAAGAAUUAAAAAUGAUCCAAGAAAGAAAAAGACAGCUCCAAAUUGGAUCAAAUACAAAAAACUCAUUGCUGACCUCACAUAUGAAUAUAAAAGAAAGAAGCAAGAACUGGUGGAUGCAAAAGUGGAUACUGCCAAUGCCAUAGCAAAAUGGACAAAGCAGUACACUGAUGAAGCUUAUGAAAGGCUUAAGAAAAGGAGAAUAACUGUCUCAGGCACUCCAAUCAAGCCCAACUACAAUAAGCUGGAACAACAGUUAAAUGCUCUUCAAUCACUGGUCUCAUCAGUAGAAAAUCCUAUCCUUGUGACAAACCAAGAAGAAGGGAAAUCAUUGACCAGCGAAGAUGUGAAAGAAAAGGAAGCUGAGUACUUCAAGGAUGCCAUCAAGAAAAUGGAUCUAAAAGAAGAUAGAUCAGCUAAGCUUCAAGACCUUGCCAAAAAGGUAUUAACCAAACCUGCAUCACCAAAUGACUCAGCAGAAAUAUCAGACAUUGAGCCAGAUCAACAAAAGAGACAAGAGCAAAUUGAAAAGGAAACUGCAGAAGACAUAGCUGCAGCAAAUGAUGUCAUUGAGAUGGCCUUCAAACAAAUGUCUGAUAGCUUACAACUUUUCACAAGGCCAACAUCUCCAAACUCAUCAGGAAAUAAAUCUCCCCCAAGAAACCCAUUAGGAUUAAAAGUACUAAAGUGGAUGUCUGAUCAAAAGACCCACGUAUUGACUCUGGUCAGAUCCAAUGGUGAAGUGAAGUACAUAUCAAGGAAAGAAGCACUAGGCCUUGGUGUUGAAGAUUUGCAGGAUCUCCUUGAACUUACACUGUGUAGGGAUGAGGAUGACUCUAGUUCUAAGGAUUUUGAAGUAGAAUUUAAAAGACAAGCUAAGGAACUUCUGAUGAGAAAUAAAAAUCCAUAAUAAUGAAGGGUUUUGGCAUUAUCUGUUCCAGGGGGAGAUUGUUGGGAUUGAACCCUACCAGAGGAACAGAUAAUGAAAGCCAAAACAGGAUCACGACAGUGGAUUCAAAAUAAGCAGCUGUUUACAUUAAGCUUUCCCCUUGACAGUGGUUAUCUAACAGCUGAUAGAUCUCAAGUACUGCUCAGUAGAACAACUGAUGAACCAAACACUGAUGAAACUCUAAAGACUGCUGAAGAUAAACACUGACGCUCUAUCUACUGAUGCCUCCUAAGUACUGCUGAAGACACAAGCACUGCCCAUUCAAGGACUGAUCACCUUUGAAGAAAGCACUGAUGCUCAACAUCAGUGCUCAGGCUACAUCAGUGGAAAGUGAAGCAGUAGUUUCCCUAUGUUUUGUAUUUUACUAAUAAUCAGUUGUUAAACAUCAGUAGUUUGUAUAGAACAGUGUUUACAGGUUGUUAGGUUGUUAGAUGUCACUUUCAUGGUGACGUCAGUUAAGAUGCCUCAGUUGUUUGGUUUGCCUAUAAAUGGAGCAGUACCCUGUACUGUUACAUUUGAUUUUGACUGAGCAAGUUCUUCUUCUCAUGUCUAAUCCUUUCAUCUUGUGCAACCAACCUUGGAGCAUCAGGCUGAGGGGGAGUUUAGUAUUGUAA